UGUUUACAGUUGCAUUUGAUUUGAAUUUUUACAUUUUUAGUCAUUUUUCUAAUAAAAUAUAGAUGGACGAAUUACGGGGACCAAAUAUACAAAUAGUCCUACAUAUAAAAGAAGGUCUUGGUUUUGGAUUUUUGCGGACCCCGUUUAUAGUAAGUGGUUCUCUAAAUGGUUACAUGUUAGAGACUGAUCCUGUCGUGCCGUCACAUGCUCCUGUCUUUGAUGCGGAACUUGUUUGGGAGGCCGACAAACGAAGGUUUCGAAGCUUACGAGUUCAGAAUGUGCCCGUGAAAGUGGAAGUCUUCACAACAAGUACACAAGGCCGUAAGGACAAAGUGGGGUACUUACUGCUGAGCCUACUUGGAGCUCAACCAUGCCCUUCCAACAAAGUCGUAGAAGUCAAACACUCGUGGCACCGGCUGCUUGGUGUAAAGUCAGAAGGAAAAUGCUGCCAUCCGCAGUUGUUGAUGAGUCUCUCUAUUGAAGACAGGAUUAACACACCAACUCCUCGCAAUGAGCUGCGUAUGUUCCACAGCAAUGAGGUUGCCUACCCACCUGCAACCUCCACGUCGAAUCCUCCCACUGCCAAAUCUAUGUUGAUGACUUUGAAGGAAUAUGUAGCAGAAAGUAAGAAGACUGCGUCGUCUCCGGAGCUGCAACCGAACCUGCUGUGUGAUGAAGGGCUCAUACGGAUUGGUGCCGGGAAACAACUGUUUGUCCUCAGCUUUGUUAUUGGCGCAGUUGAAAAUUUUGACUUGUUGUUACCUGAUCGAAAUUCCAGCAAAGAAGUGGAUUGUUAUGUCACCUAUUCGGUUUUCACACAUAACAUUAUGACGGAUCGAAUGUCAGCAUCUUCAUCUUCCAACGGCGGCAGUACAGUCCAGUUCAACCAGCGCACGUCGCUCCGCCUGGCGUCGGAGUUAGCGACCCUCGGCCGAUACUUCACUGACUGUCCGCACCUUGUUACCAGGGUCUGGGCUGGGGAGAAGGACGUCGGUAUCUGCAGCAUGGACCUCCGCAAAUUAAUACCAACGGAAGACAUACAACACUUUCUAGCAAAGUUCUGCAACAAUGACGGGGCUCUGAGUAUACAUGAACGAUGCUUCAUACUGCGUUGUGACGAGGGCCCGGCUAGAGAAGGAUCCAGAAGACCCUACGUUGAUGUGGAGAUGAGCCUCAAGUAUUUAGGAGCUAAACAGGAGGUUCAGAAGCCCAACAACCUGACGGCUCGCAGUGCGUCCCGCCUGCAGAGUGAAGGCAGGGAGCCAGUGCCGCAUGAACCAAACCUCGACUUCCGCAGUGGAAGCUGUACCAACCUCGGACAUGAUGUAGGACAAGUCGCCUAUACUAACUUAGGAGCUAUGAAUACUGGCAGAUACAAGACCGCGUCAGGCGACACAGUCCUCCAAUCUACCGAGAUAGCGGACCUCAUAAAGAAGAUGUGCGAGUCGUUGGCCGCGUCGCAAGACAAGUUGCAGGCGGCCCCCCCGCGGCCCCCCACCGCCGACGUCACCGUGCAGUGCGGGGACACUCAGCCCGCGCUCAGCACCCAGGGGGCGGCGGAUAGAACUGUUAUACUGGAGACAAGCAGAAGUGAUACCUGUAUCACAAAAAAUGAAAAAGAAAUGGUGAAGAAAAUGAUUCCGGCGUUAGAACGCGACGCCAUAAUGCAGAAGUUUAUUGAUGAACUCGAAGACUGGAAGGAGAAACAUCAAGAAUUGUUUAAGUGUCAACUACAACGUAAAGAAGAGUAUCACCUGGAACUAUUAGCUAAGGAGUGGGCGAAGAAGCAAGUGGACUUGGAGUGUAAACUAAGCAAGGGUAUAGAACAGUGUCGCAACCUCGCCGCGGACCUCAGCAGAGCUACUGAAGACUUCAGGCUUAGGGGGUACAGGAACUGUGAGAGGGAGAAAAAGUUGCUAGAAGCCAAGAAAGCUCUAGAAUCCCAUUACACCGCGAAGUAUCAGGAGUUGAGACAAGCGUCACAGAAGAUGGAGGACGACAUGAACCAUCAACUCAAGCUCAAAGACAUGACCAUACACGAGUUGCAGCUCAAUCUAGAACAACUACAGAAGCAAGUGGAAUUGCUCAAGAACAACAUAAAGAACACUGAAAAGGAAUCGCAGAGUCGAUACUCCGGUCUAACAAAAGAUCAAACCGCGAGUCUUAUACAGGAAUUGCGUUACCUAGAAGAGAAACUAGAUAGCGCGGUGCAAUCGAAAGCUUUCUUCAAAGAGCAGUGGGGGCGCGCCGUCCGAGAGCUGCACCUGGUGAAGCUCGCCACUCGGAAACAGAUGCUCUCACAGCUACAGCAGGACAGGAAGCAACUCGACCAUAUGCGACUGGACACAAUAGAAGAUGAGGAGGAAAUCAAUAUAAACCAAAAUCCUAUCGACCUGAGGAAGUUGAAAGACGAUUUCUACGUGGACAUACUUGCGAACACGCCUGCACUCAACACGCAUUCUAUAAUAAAUCCGGCUGGACCUGAGGAAUUGGAGAUGUUUAACGAUCUGAAGAACGCACCAAAGAAUCCAAUGAACGAGAAAAUUAACGAGUUGAUUGCGCAACGCGAUCGCCUAGUACAACAGGACAACCCAGAUGAAGAAAUGCUCAAACAUUUAAACCAUGAAAUACGAAGUAUGUUGCUUAAUUGUGGCACUUGACGAUGGAUAAAUAGAAAAUAGAUUAAUACUCGAAUUUAUAGAACUAUUGUAUAGAUAAAACUAUAUGUUGUGUACUAUAUUUUAUUCUGGUCGUUUCGGUACAGGUGCCAGCGUAGCAAAGUAGCUUCUGUUGAUGUGAAACUGUGUAAAGGAUUAUCAACCUUAUUGAUGAAAUUUAAAAUGAGGUUGACGAUUGAUCUACUUGCAAUAAAGUCGCAUCUCUAAUAAUAAAAUUAAAAUAUACAUACAACAUAAAUAUGUAUUAUGUUGAUUACACAGCCCUAAAAUAAACGCUUUAUUAACGCAUUUAAUUUUCUAAAUAAAUGAUGAUUGACGCAAUGAUCAUUACUAUGUAAGAUCAAGUAAGAUGUAUUAAAGCUUUUAACCGACUGGUGCAUUGAUGUGCUGGCUUCAGUACACUUUCAAAUGAUAAGUUGGUGACAAGUCUUAUCCUUGGCUUCGUGGUUCAUAAUUAAUAUUAACCGAAGGAUGCUGCAGCGUAUAUAACAUACACCUGAAUAAAUCCCUCAACUGUUUUUAUAUAUGUACACAUAUAUAAAGUUAAAAAUAUGUUAAUUAAAAUAAAAUCAUUAAGGUCGUUGUUAUUUAUUAUCAUGUUUUGUUGUCAUAAAGUACAUAUUGUUAAUUCGUUAAUACACUUUGUGACUGACGCUGACAAUGAUGUAUCGUAUGUUAUACGGGUUUGUUAAUAAAAAUAA